AUGAUCUAAGGUUUAAAAAAAGUUCAAUUAAUUCUACUAAUAAACUGAUGGCUAAACGUUCCUCAAUUAUACCCGAAAAUUCAAGUGAUAAUUCGGAUGUUGAUAAAAAACAUCGAUAUGUCUCGAAACGACGAGAUGACGAUCCUGGAUGGGUAGAGGAAGUUCCACCAUAUUAUUUUCUUUUUACAACCUACUUUUCAUAUUUAGUUCUUAUUUGUUUUGGUCAUAUACGAGAUUUCUUUGGUAAAAGAUUUAGAAGUAAUAAUUAUCAACAUUUGAAAGAACAAAAUGGUUAUGCACCUCUUAAUUCAGAUUUUGAUAAUUUUUAUGUUCGUCGACUUAAACUUCGAAUAAAUGAUUGUUUUAAUCGACCCGUUACAGGAGUACCAGGAAGAAAGAUAACACUUCUUGAACGAGAAACCAAAGAUUAUUGUAAAACAUUUCAAUUAACUGGAAAAACUAGAGAAUGUUUAAAUUUAAGUAGUUAUAAUUAUUUAGGAUUUGCACAAGCUGAUGGACCAUGUGCCGAUGCGGUUGAACAAGUAGUAAGAAAAUAUGGAAUAUCAAUGUGUAGUCCACGAUUAGAAGUUGGUACAUCAGAUCUUCAUUUACAAGUUGAAUCACUUGUUGCAAGAUUUGUGGGGAAAAAAGCAGCAAUGAUUAUUUCUAUGGGUUACGCAACAAAUAGUACAACAUUACCAGCACUCGCAUCAAAAGGUUGUUUAAUAAUUUCAGAUGAAUUUAAUCAUAGUUCAUUGGUUUUUGGUAGUCGAUUAUCAGGUGCUUUUAUUAGAGUUUUUAAACAUAAUAAUAUGGAAGAUUUAGAAUCAUUAUUAAAAGAAUGUAUUAGUCAAGGUCAACCACGUACACAUCGUCCAUGGAAGAAAAUUUUAUUAAUAGUGGAAGGAAUUUAUUCUAUGGAAGCUCAUAGUAUUGGAGCAUUGGGACCACGUGGGCGCGGAGUUUGUGAUUAUUAUGGAGUUGAUCCGGAAGAUGUUGACAUAAUGAUGGGAACAUUUACUAAAUCAUUUGGAGCAGCUGGUGGAUAUAUUGCAGCCAAUCAAGAUGUAAUUGAUCAUCUGAGAAUUAUAAAUCAUUCUUCAAUAUAUGCUGAAUCAAUAACACCUUUAGUACUUCAACAAAUUUAUACUUCUAUGUCAAUCAUAAUGGGUGAAGAUGGAACAAAUGAAGGUCAAUCACGUUUAGAACAUUUAGCUUUUAAUGCACGUUAUCUUAGUACAAAUUUAAGACGCUUGGGAUUUAUUGUUUAUGGUGAUCGAGAUUCUCCGAUUAUUCCUCUCUUAUUAUUUAAUCCGGCUAAAAUUCCAGAAUGCUUAAAACGUAAUAUGGCAGUAGUGGUAGUGGCUUACCCCGCCACACCGAUGAUUUCAUCACGUGCCAGAUUUUGUAUAUCUGCUGCACAUACUAGACAAGAUUUGGAUGAAAUAUUAAAAACAUGUAAUGAAAUAGGUGACAUUUUACAACUUAAACUUUCUAAUAAUCCAAAAAAAUUAACUAUUGAAGAAGUAUUGAAGUAUGGUGAACAUGAAUAUUUUAUUAUGGUGAAAUCGAUUGGAUUGGUUGAUGGUGGGUUAAUAUAUAAAUAA